UCAUUGACUUUUUUUUUUUUAAGUAAAAAAAUGAAAACAAUCCUUGAAGGGUAUUUUUAUUGCUCCACUCUUGUCAUAUUCGGAGAACAUAAGAGGCGUGACAUUUGGACUCCAGGCCAGUAGAAGACAGGGGCAUACUUGUGUGUUUCUACAGUUCCUUGUUAAGGUGGAAAAAAGCUUUCAAGUUCAUGUAUGAGAGUUGACAGGUUUUUAUGAAUGGUGUGGCAGGAGGGCAGAGGUACAAACUGGGCUGUUCUAGUUGAAAUACCUGCUUGCCCUCUCAGAUACUGCCAGCGUUUUUUUCCUGCCUCGCUCACCGCACUGAAUGACUCGCACUUGAGAAUAUGCUCCUGAAUGUUAUAUCUGAGCUUGCUCUUUACCUGAGGACAGGAAGCUGAAAGGUUAGUGAUGGAGCCACCUGCUGCUCUCUACUUUCCAGGGAUUAAGGAAGAGGCUGAGACAGUUUCUUGGACAUCCUGCGGAUAUCAGAAAAUAUAUUUUGGAGGGGCUAAAAGACCAGGGGAUAUAGUGUACACAUUUGCUUCCAUGGAACCCAAGCGAUCUUCCCUUGGAAACAGAAACACACUCUGACAAGAGAGCUUCCCUGAACAGGCAAGAAGCUAUUAAAGGAUUCCUCCUCCUCCUUCCGUGUGCCUAAACCCUGCCAGUCUGCUAUGCCAUGAAGAUGCUUCGGUGGAAGAAGACACUCUUCCGGCAGCGUUGUCUGUUGGCCCUGGGCUGCUAUAUGCUGCUGGCCAUUGUUGCUCUGAGAUUUUCUCUCAGAUUGAAAUGUGACUUUAAUUCCCUGGGUCUGGAGUCCAGGGACUUUCAGAGCCAGCGCUGUCGGGAUAUCUUGUACAAGGCCCUGAAGCUGCCAGCAAGGAGACCCAUCAACUGUUCUGGGAUCAUCCGUGGGGACCGCACAGCAUUGGGAGAGGCUCUCCUGGACAAGCUGGACACGAAGAAGAAGCGGGAGCCUUUCACAGACACCGACUACCUCAACAUGACCAGAGACUGUGAACACUUUAAGGCCGAAAGGAAGUUCAUACAGUUCCCACUGAGCAAGGAAGAGUUAGAUUUCCCUAUUGCAUACUCUAUGGUGGUCCAUGAGAAGAUUGAAAACUUUGAAAGGCUUCUGCGAGCUGUGUAUGCCCCUCAGAACAUAUACUGUAUCCACGUGGAUGAGAAGUCCCCAGAGACUUUCAAGGAGGCAGUCAAAGCAAUUAUUUCAUGCUUCCCUAAUGUCUUCUUGGCCAGUAAGUUGGUUCGGGUGGUUUAUGCCUCCUGGUCCAGGGUGCAGGCUGACUUGAACUGCAUGGAAGACUUGCUCCGGAGCUCAGUUCCAUGGAAAUACUUCCUAAAUACAUGCGGGACAGACUUUCCUAUAAAGACCAAUGCUGAGAUGGUCCUGGCCCUCAAGAUGUUGAAUGGGAAGAACAGUAUGGAGUCAGAGAUACCUACUGAGUACAAAAAAUCUCGCUGGAAAUAUCACUAUGAAGUGACAGACACACUGCACAGAACCAGCAGAAUGAAGGACCCUCCUCCUGACAAUUUACCUAUGUUCACAGGUAAUGCCUAUAUUGUGGCUUCUCGAAGCUUUAUUGAACAUGUCUUAGAGAACCCCAAAUCACGACAGCUGAUUGAAUGGGUAAAAGACACCUAUAGCCCCGAUGAACACCUCUGGGCCACCCUUCAGCGUGCACCAUGGAUGCCUGGCUCUGUUCCCUAUCACCCCAAGUUUCACAUCUCAGACAUGACUGCCAUUGCUAGGCUGGUCAAGUGGCAGGGCCAUGAGGGAAACAUCAGUAUGGGGGCACCUUAUGAACCUUGCUCUGGAAUCCACCAGCGGGCUAUCUGUAUUUAUGGAACUGGAGACCUGCCUUGGAUUCUUCAGAACCAUCACCUGUUGGCCAACAAGUUUGACCCAAAGGUGGAUGAUAAUGUUCUUCAGUGCUUAGAAGAGUACUUACGUUAUAAGGCUGUCUACGGGACUGAACUCUGAGAUACCCUGUGAGAGAAUUGCUACCUGGGUGAGGGCAGGAACAUGUGCAAACAUGCCCAGAAUGUGCCGGGACAGUGUGGGUGGGAGAUCAGGGCUCUGGAAUCCAUGGCGUCCCCCAGGGUAAGUGGGCUGCUCUGGAGUGUGGGUGAGUGGGUCUGUUUCCAUGCACGUUGCUGCCCUGGGUGAACCCUGACUGUUCUCUCAACAGCUCCUCCACUGACCUUCUCACAGAGUGAGAAUGAGAAUGAGUUCUUUGGGAGAUUAAGGGAGGAGAAGUGUGGCAGGGGACCCUGGAUUUCACUUGAAUGUUUGGUGUCAGUUUUUCCACUCUGUGGAGAUGCCGUUCCUGAUAAUUUUAGGCUUGGUAGUGGGGAGGGGGACUUUGAUGGAAAAAGGGCUUCUCUUUUGUACCAUUAACUUAAAAAUAAAUAGCUGCUGGUCCAAAACUCUACCUUUGCUUUUUGUCUAGUAAGCCAGAAAUAAAAGUGUGAGACUUUUUCUGAUAA